AUCACCAUUCCUUCCUUCUUUUCGGUUUUGACGUCGUGCGAAGCUGCCGUGUUUUCCGUACAUCUGAAGUGAAAUUAUUUCACUUUUACCCGCGAAUAACACGUGUUUUACAGUAAAACUGAGCCAAAUAAGCAAGUAACAAUGCCGCUCGCGAAGGACUUCUUGCAUCCGCUGCCCGCUGAGGAGAAGAGGAAGCACAAACUGAAGCGUUUGGUGCCCCAUCCCAACUCGUACUUCAUGGACGUGAAGUGCCCCGGCUGCUACAAGAUCACCACCGUUUUCAGCCAUGCCCAGAGCGUCGUGGUGUGUGCCGGUUGUUCGACGAUCCUGUGCCAGCCGACCGGUGGCAAGGCCCGUCUGACCGAGGGCUGCUCGUUCCGCAGGAAGCCCUACUAAGAGAAAUACCAGCUAGGAGUAUCCCACUAAACCCGUGACGAUCGAAAGGUGCCUUGCGUUGGACGGAUGAUACCGAGGUGGAUUCAUCGAAGAGUUGGCCGGUCAAUAUACAAACAGCACGUAUGGAAUUUGGGAGGGGAAUUUCCACAGUGAAAUCCCCAAACUAUAAGUGAACAUUGUAUUCGUACCGAAAGGAGUGUAAUAAAGGCAUCAUUUCGAUCGUCUAAUUA